GUGAUAUCAGCCGCUGCGCCUGUCUGGAUAGUGCUCAGCGUGACGAAGAAAUUCGGACGUCUUACUGGUAGAAACUACCGAGUCAGUCUUCGGGGACUUCUCAGGGAUCAAACCUGCAACUCGAGUUGCAUUCACUCGGAGCCGAGCUGGGUUUAUGAACGUUGGUGGGAAAGACUCCGAUUAUAAUGCUGCGAAAGGCGCUGAAACACGAGGUCGGUUCUUCGUGCCGUCAUGUACACUUGCUCUGUAUCCUCUUGUCGUCGUCCCAACCUACGUGGUGCCUCUUGUCUUCUAUGUGAGCGACGUUUCUGCGUGGAACAUCUUGGGAAGGAGUAUCAUCCUUGCCCGGAUCGCUCUAUCGAGAGUGAACAACGUGCAUACUACAACGGAAGGUAUAACGCCCGAAUUAUAGAAAUCAACAAGCUUAUUGCUUCGUUGAACUUGGAUGCCUUGUGCGCUCGUGCGUCUUCUCUCAAAGGUGGCGUCAGGUGCGAAAUCCCGCCUCUGGUAUAUGAUGAACAUACAGGAUACACGAUGAUGGGUGAUCUGAAUUACCACUUUCCCCUUAUCUUUGAUGACGGCGAUACGUGGAUCUGCCGCGUUCGCAGGGUGAAUGUGAAUACGCCACCCAAAGCUAUUGAGAAUGUUGUUGUUCAGAGCGAGGUUGCAACGUUACAGUUCUUGCAUAGCAUCGGUGUUCCAGUGCCUCAAGUCCAUGACUUUGGGCUUCACACUCCCACCAAUCCUCUAAGCACUGCUUAUAUCCUGAUGGACCGCGUUGAUGGCAAGCCUCUGCGUUGGUUUGAAGUGGAUGAAGAAGACAAGAAGCAUAUCCUCGAACAAUUCGCCGAUAUCUUCAUCAAGCUAUCUGAUCAUCCCUUCAAUGCCAUCGGCGGUCUUCAACAAUCAGGUGAUGCCGGAACUUACGCCGUCGGUCCAUUCACCGCAUACACCAGCUUCCUUGCAGAUUUGCAUCCACACGGUGCUAUAUCUUUGCUUGGCCCAUACGAUACUUACGAGAUGUACCUCCGCGCAGUCCUCGAGCGCACCCUCGAGUAUAUUCACUCUGGAAAGGGGUAUGUGGAGAAUCGAGUUGAUAACUAUCUACUGCACAAGUACCUUUACGAGCGCAUUCCGGAUAUCGUGAAGGCCACGAAUACGGACGACGGCUUCUGCCUGAAACAUUUGGACGACAAAGGCAAUCAUAUCCUUGUAGACGAGAGGAACAAUAUUGUUGGGGUAAUUGAUUGGGAGUGGGCGCAGACCGUUCCGAAAGCUAUAGCCUUCGCAGCACCGAUCUUCAUCGCCGGAACCCGUAAAUAUUUCCUUGAUGAGGACAUGGAGCUUAGUAGCGAUGAAACUGCGCUCGCGGAUAUACUCGAUGGUAAAGGGAAGGGAGAGCUUGCGAUGUUGGUCCGGAAUGGUCGCCUUCAACAUCGCAUUUGGCGCAGCAUUUUUGAGAACAAGACUGCCGAGAACCUCCCAGUUGCUUUCACGAGCCUUCAGAAAUCUCUCUUUGGAGUGGAUAAGGCGGUGCUUGAAUGGGCAGUGUGGAAGGAACCUGCAUUAGCGAGGUACAAGGACGAUGCUGGCUUGCAGAGACUCCUUAGCGAAGCUCAUCCGUCGUGACCUUGUUUGGAUGAAAGUGUUCAAUUGGCACUGGCAAAAGUUAGUUCCGAUUCCGAUCUCACCCUGUUGCUAGAUCAUCUACUCGCUGCUAUCAAUUGACCUGGUUCAGUUUCAGGCAGCAUAUCUCAGUCUCUCGAAAUUGUCGGCUCAAAUUCAGUCUUCAGUCCAAAACUGAAACUGAAUCCGAGGCAACUGGGUCAUAGAAGUCACUGGAUAUGUUACCGGUCGCACGUCGUCACUGUGACUGCAGUAUUUACUCGCGUUCGGCGCUCGCUAUCUCACAGAUGUGGAAGGUCCAAGUGUCACGCACUCUCACGAGCUGAAUAAACUCAAGGAAUGUACUGACCCCUAUAGCGAUACAUUUUUCAGUCGUUGGGUUGGAUCUGGGGUCUGACUCUUAUCGUAG